AUGGACACUACUGCUGAAGAAGCUGCUCAAGUGGUUGCACUACUGCGAUCAGGGGUGCGACAAUGUGAUGUGGCACGGCAACUUAAUUUGAGUCGUUCUUCCGUGCAGCGGGUAUUCCAACGGUUUCAAGAGACUGGGGGCUACAUCCGGAGGCAUGGAUCAGGUCAACGAUGCUGCACAUCCGAAAGAGACGACCGCUUUAUUGUGAUAUCUUCUUCGCGCAAUCGACUCCUUAAUGUCGUUGAGCUGCAACGGCAGUUCCGAGAAGUUCGCAGAGCUAUAGUGAGCACGUCUACGAUUAGAAGAAGGUUGCGAGAGAAGAAAAUUGCGGUCCGCGUACCUGCUAGGGGUCGGAAAUUAACUGCACAGCAUCGCAGGGAAAGGUUGCAAUUUGCCCGUGAGCAUGUCAACUGA